AUGAGCUCAGCUACGGCUAAUGUUUUAGCCACUAUCGGAACUGUUUGCUGGUGUGUCCAGUUAAUUCCUCAAAUUAUUUCAAACUAUCGGAAGAAAAACACCACUGGUCUUCCCGAGAGUAUGGCACUACUAUGGUGUAUAUGUGCACCAUUUUUUGUCUAUUUUCUUUCGGAAGACUCUACAAUACCAAUUAUAUUGCAACCACACCUUUUCGGGGCGUUGUGCUUGGUAGUGUAUAUACAGGUCAUGUAUUAUCCUCCUGUAUCAAGACCUAGGAAGCAGAUAAUAUUAAGAGCUGGACUUUUCCUUAUAUUCUGGCUUGCAUUAGAAAUAUCUUCAGUCAUUCCACUUCGAAAUAUAUAUCUAAAGCAUGGUAUUCAAUGGCCUUUAUUGAUAUACGGUGUACUCGCAUCUGUCUUGUUGGCUUUUGGACUAGUUCCCCCCUAUUUUGAAUUAGCUAAAAGGAAGGGUAGAGUUGUUGGAAUUAAUCUUCUAUUUUUGGCCACAGAUCUCUCCGGUGCAGUUUUCUCUUUAGCAUCCUUGGCUGUGGACACCACCAAUUUUGAUAUUAUGGGAUGCAUCAUAUAUUGUAUAUGUGCGUCUCUCGAAGUCGGAAUCUUCCUUAGUCAUUUUAUUUGGUAUUGCCGCUUCAAACUAUUCAGAUAUGACAAUACUAAAGAAGAUGUAGAAGAUAAAGAUAAUACUGAUAAGACAUCCUCUGAUAUCAGGCGUGACGAAGUCGAAUUAGAAAACUAG